GAAAUCCUCAACUACUAGAACUUGAAGGGCCAUUGUCGCGAGAAAGAAGACACCAGAGAUCUGAUCAGAUCCAUCUCAGCCGAAGACCCGGAUUACCGCAAGCCCGUCAUUCUCUCCGCCCAGCGGCAGGCCGCACUCUCCGGCGCGCUGCGAGCCACGUGGCUUGCUAACCGCAGCUACCCGUCAUCCUUCGUGGCGUUCGCUCCUUUUGGGUUUUAUAUCUACAUCGCUGCCCAGCCCACCGUAACCUUUUCAAAUUUCCAUCUCCCCGUUUCGUCCGUUGGUUCCCGCAACGUCUUCCUCUUCGCUCGCCGGCUGGUUGGCUUCUCUCCGUCCAUUUCCCUACUUCCCCUCUCAUCUAUCUCCCUCUCCCGCACCCUGAACGUAGAGAAAAAACCAGAGGAGGAAGAAGAAGGAGAAGAAGAGGAGGCCCACCUUGCGGCUUCUCUCAUUUCUCUGGUGCAUGUAAACAAGAAUGUGAGAGGAGGCCACCGGGAUGGCACUCCCACCCGAACCUAGAGGCGCGGGCUCCAACUUGAUCCACUCGGACCCCGGUGCUCCUUACGCCAACGACGACGACUUCGACCCGAGGCGAAGCAGCGUCUCCACCGCCAGCCCCGGCUACUUCUCCGACCGCAACGACGGUACGAACUCGCCCUUCGUCAUGUCGCCCUGGAACCAAACGGCUUCCUACGACCCCCCCUGGACCCAGGCGCCGUUUCCGCAAGAGGAUAACCACGAGGCCGGCCACGGGCUCAUCGGAUCGUUGGUGCGAGAGGAAGGUCAUAUCUAUUCGCUGGCCGCAUCGGGCGACCUGCUGUACACUGGCUCGGACAGCAAGAACAUCAGGGUGUGGAAAAACCGAGAGGAGUACGGUGGGUUCAAGUCGCACAGUGGGCUGGUGAAGGCAAUUAUAAUAUCCAGUGAGAAGAUCUUCACCGGCCACCAGGACGGCCGGAUCCGUGUCUGGCAGGCGUCACCGAAGAAACCUGGGGUGCACAAGCGGGUUGGAACGCUCCCGACGACAAGGGCUCUUCUCAAGUGUUCACUCAAUCCCAGCAACUACGUCGAGAUCCGGCGCCACCGAAGCGCGCUCUGGAUCAAGCACCAUGACGCUGUGUCCUGCCUGAGCAUCAGCGAAGAACAAGGGAUUCUUUACUCCGGGUCGUGGGACCGGACGGUGAAGGUCUGGCGAGUCUCGGACUCGAAGUGCCUGGAGUCGAUCAGCGCCCACGAGGACGCCGUCAACUCGGUUGUGGCAGCCUUCGACGGGCUGGUGUUCACCGGCUCGGCGGACGGGACGGUGAAGGCGUGGCGGCGGGAGGUGCAGGGGAAGAGCUCGAAGCACGUGCUCGUCCACACGCUGCUUGCCCAGGAAUGCGCUGUCACCGCACUCGUGGUGAACCCAUCUGACUCCGUCCUCUACUGUGGGUCGUCCGACGGGAUGAUCAACUUCUGGGAUCGGGAGAAGCAGCUGUCGCACGGCGGGGUGCUCAAGGCCCACAAGCUUGCCGUGCUCUGCCUGGCUGCUGCGGGCUGCCUCGUCUUCAGCGGCUCCGCGGACAAGAGCAUCUGCGUCUGGAGGCGGGACGGCGGUGUCCACUCAUGCCUGUCCGUGCUCCACGGCCACGGGGGCCCCGUGAAGUGCAUCGCGGUCGAGGCCGACCAGGAGAACGGGGGCACGUCCGAUGGCGACAGGCGGUGGAUACUGUACACUGGCAGCCUCGACAAGUCGGUCAAGGUGUGGAGGGUGAGCGAGGUCCCGCCUGAGAUGGGUCAGUGGGCGCGCGGCCCAGCUCAGCCUGAGGACCCCGCCGCCUCAUUCCCCGGACCGGCGCGGUGACUGCGGAGUUGAUUAACAGGGCGGAACGUGAGCUGGGUUCCGACUGGUGGACUGCGGCAUGUUCCGUCACGAGACGAGUGAAUCAUGGCGACGCUGGUGGUGGUGGUGGUGGUGAUCGAACCGGGAUCGUCCAGGCUCCUGGCUCCGGACCAUGAGGUGGGUGCGUGGGCUGGCGCUCGGUUAUCAAUAUCUUUGUAUAUGUAAUGUGAAGGACACAAGUUGAAUGGAAGCAUUUAGCAUUUCUCAUCGCAAUAUGGGUUGUAAUAUGGUGAGGCACUUGUUUGUAUGUUUGCUACUACUGGUUAUUAGAAAAAAAAAAAGAAAAAAUAAA